UACAGAGCAGAGGUGAAUGGGAGAAAGAAAAGGCAACGCAACACAACACAACACACAGCCUCGGUGAAACGACAAUGCGUUUUGGUUUUGGAAACGCAGAAGAAUAAGAAGACGCGAUUCUGCUACUUCUUCUACCUCUCUCGUUUCACUGUUAGGGCUCACGGAGUUUCUGAUUCACUUUCAAAUUAUGCGUUUCGUUACCAAUUCAAACCAAGUGGCAGAUAAUCGCAACUCCACCGUUUCCUUUUGUUGAUCCGUGGGAUAGCGCACACGGUGUUGGUGUGUGCACUGAGGUAGAAAGAAGAAUACUGAAUUUUGAGCACCAUGAAUUACUUGCUUGGAGCUUUCAAGCCUGCGUGUAAUGUCUUGAUCUCGUUUAACGAUGGGAAGAACCGGAAGCAGGUUCCCUUUAAAAAGGAAAAUGGUCAAAUGGUUACAGUCCCACUUUUCCAAAGUCAAGAAAACAUUGCUGGGAAGAUUACUGUAGAACCAAUGCAAGGGAAGAAGAUUGAUCACAAUGGUGUAAAAGUUGAGCUCCUUGGACAGAUAGAGAUGUAUUUUGACAGAGGAAAUUUUUAUGACUUUACUUCCCUUGUACGAGAACUAGAUGUUCCUGGAGAAAUUUAUGAGAGGAAAACAUAUGCAUUUGAAUUUUCUACUGUUGAAAUGCCAUAUGAAACUUAUAAUGGGGUGAAUGUGAGGCUUAGGUAUGUAUUGAAAGUGACGAUUAAUCGGGGCUAUGCUGGAAGCAUAAUAGAAUACCAGGAUUUCGUGGUUCGGAACUAUUCUCCACCUCCAGAAAUUAACAAUAGCAUCAAGAUGGAAGUUGGAAUUGAAGAUUGUCUACACAUUGAAUUUGAAUACAAUAAAAGCAAGUAUCAUCUGAAAGAUGUCAUCAUUGGUAAGAUAUACUUUUUACUUGUCAGAAUCAAGAUAAAAAACAUGGAUCUCGAGAUUAGGCGUCGAGAAUCCACAGGGUCAGGGACCAACACCCAUGUUGAGACAGAAACAUUGGCUAAAUUUGAGUUGAUGGAUGGUGCUCCUGUUAGAGGUGAAUCAAUUCCGAUCAGACUGUUCCUCAGUCCUUAUGAGCUGACACCAACUCAUCGCAACAUUAAUAACAAAUUCAGUGUGAAGUACUUUUUAAAUCUUGUGUUGGUUGAUGAAGAGGACAGACGAUAUUUCAAGCAGCAGGAAAUCACAAUGUAUAGGCUGGAAGAAGAAGCUUCUUGAUUACAUAUCAUAAAGGGAAUGCGCAUUAGGUAUGUAACAAAUAAUAAAGAUUGUGAUGGACAUUGAGAGCUCUUACAUAUGGAAGUAGUCACGUGAAUCCUGUUUCUUAAGUGGUAAAGUGGCUUGGUAUUCUAGCAUGCUUGAAAUUCAUCAUUUUCAAACAUGUACAUUGACUGAUCUCUCAUGGAUGUCUUUAUAGUUCUGUAAUUUUUAAACAUGUCAUCGAAGGAAGCAUCUUUAGAAAUGUAUUGGGUCAAGUGGGUACUUUGUAUACGUGUGAUACCUUUAGUACUUUGUCGUUUUGUUUUUAACUUUUGCAUUGUUUACCUUAUGAACAUAAUGAUACCCUUUUUGAAUUCUUUUGAAGAGACAGAAUCUGAUGCAGGACUUUGGUUUA